AUGUCUCAACUUCUCAGCCGAAUCUUGAAGCCCAUUGUCUACAAAAACGUCCUUAGACACAAUAAAAACAUUGUUCGAUGGUGUUCUUCUAAACCACACUACCCGUUUCUAUUAAUUGACCACAUCCCUAAGGUCGGAGUCGGAGAUUCUUCCGAUGGCCGCUUAGAAAUAAGGAGCGAUUGUGAUUCUAAUAAGGAAGUCUUGAUUAAAGACGAGGACCUCGCUGAAGAAGUCGUUGAAGCAAUGAAUAACGAAUUUAUCACUUAUGAUCAUCUUUUCUUCAUGGAAAAAUUUGAGCAUCUUCCUCGUCUUCCCAAUGGCUCUCAAAUCCAAAACAUAGCCAUGUCUUGUCGUCCUGGCCUAAACAAUGAAGAUUGGGUUGCUGCUGUCGAGUUUUCAGGAUCUCAUCAGCUUAGGUUUUAUAGGCAUAAGGACCCACGGUGGAUCGAUAUCGAAACCACACAUGAGAGUGUAAGCCCAUACUCAAGUCUCAUGUAUUCUAAGAAAGAUCAAAGGUUCUACGUACCAACUCCUGGAUGCAGUUACUUGUGCUCUUUUGAUCUCAACUUCAAAGAGAAGGACAAGCCUGAGUUCAUCGAGGUUCGGAAAAACUAUCUUCCAAAAAAUGGCGAUGAAUUUUAUAUGUACGAUCUGGCGGAGAUGAAUUUUUCUACCAGGACACACCACUUUGUGGAGUCACCCUCCGGUGAACAAUUCCUCAUCUCAUGGUACUACGAGGACGACGCCGAAGUUGACAGAGGGAAGCUAAAUUUAAAGAUCUUUCACAAAACAAAGAAGUUCAAAGUGUUUAGAGAGGAUACAAAAUUAUCGGACAGAAGAAGAAAAUUUAUGUCUUAUACAGAAGACAUCGGAGAUCUUUGUAUCUUUCUUGGACGUGAUGAACCUUUGUGUGUCCCAGCGAGCUCGUCUCCAGGUCUGAAGCCAAACUGCAUCUAUUUCGUGGGUUAUAACUAUGGAGUUUACGACAUCACCGAAAACUUUUGCACUUUCUUCGAGGGAAAGGAUUUAAAGUUAAGAUCUCUCAGGGACCCUUACUGGCCUCAUCCACUUUCUCUCACUCCUUAUUAA